CAGAUUCAAAUCAACCGCUCUGGAGUCCCGGGAGGUAAGCAGUGAGUGAGUCUGAGGAGAGCGGCCCCGUGAUCGCGGAAGCCGGGGCUGUGGAAAGUGCGACGGGCCGCUAAGAUGGUGCUCUCCACCACAGUCUGUAGGCGGAUAAGGCGCAAGGCGCCCUGCGCCUUCCUCAAGCGCACCUUAAAGCAGAAGAAGCCGCGGCUCAGUCUGGAGAAGCGCUGCGAUCUCCUGAUCCAUUUGAAUUGCCUACUCUUUGUUCAGAAAUUGGCAGAAGAGUCUAGGACAAAUGCUUGUGAAAGUAAAUCUGGAGUUAUCAAAAAGGAUCAUGUACAGGCGGCAGCAAAGGUAAUUCUGAAGAAGAGCAGAGGAUAGGUGUUAACAUGUGCUUAAGAAUUAUAUGAUGUGUUAAUUUAAGUCAUAACAGAUCAUAAAAACACUUCGUAUGUAUCAGUUUAUAUUGUGGAUUAUUAAAACUUUGUAUGUACAUUUUAUUGCUUUUAAGGAAUUAUGCUUUAUUCAUUAAUGGCUUCUGAGUUUUGUGUUGCUGUGUUGUUGCUUAGUGUGUCAAAAAUAAAAUCAUGCUACAUUGAAUAGCUUGAAGAGAUGUGUGCUCCUUCGAUUGAAGCUUUGAAUUUAGCAAAAAUUAUGCAGUGAAUUUAAUUUCUGAGAAAGCAACAUACAGUAAAAUCUGGGUACAUUUUAAGUAUGUUAAUUUUGGAUGCAUUCAGAAAGCACUAGUUUUGUGUUAUACUAAUAGUAAUAGUAAAAUUUCUAAACGAGAAGAUAGUAAGCAUCAGCUAAAGUUUUUACAAACUUGUUUUUGUCUAUAAACCACAAACAAGAAGAUGUGAAUCAAGCGAAUCAAACUGACAUACUUUCUUCAGGAUUUAGUAGAUAAAGCAUUUUCCAUGGCAGUCUUUUGGAAGUUUAUUGCAUAUUAUCCAAAUUUUUUUUUUCUUUUUUUCGGAGUUGGGGACCGAACCCAGGGCCUUGCGCUUGCUAGGCAAGCGCUCUACUACUGAGCUAAAUCCCCAACCCUUAUUAUCCAAUUUUUACUUUUAUAUUUUUGUUCUGAGAUAAUUCCGGUAAUGUAUGAAGUUGCAGAACUAAUAUGAACAUACAUUGCACACCAAACACUCAGUUUCCUCACUGCUUAUAUAGAACAUAUGGUGUAACAUAUCAAAAGCAAGGACUUGUUAAUUGGAACAGUAUGUAUGUGGCUUCGUGCUAUUUUAUCAUGUGUGCCGAUUCAUGCAAUUAUGUAUGACCAAUGUAUAGAACGAGCUCAGUACUCCAGAGGGCCCGUUGAUUCUGUCUUAUAGUCACCCAGCUGCCUCACUACCACCUAACUCUUCAUACCUCGCUACCAUACCAACUCUCCUCCAGCUCUGCAGCGCUGAGAUGGAAGCGUGUUGACAGAAGCAUUGGAGAUGCUCUCACUCAGUGUAAUACCUUGUGCUCUGUUCCAGAAAUUGCAUGACUUCCCUGCUGAGUGGUGCGGACGCACCAUGUUUUUAUGGUUGUUUGCUUAUUGAAGAGCAUUUUGCUUUGUCCAAUAAAAUUUCUAUGAAUGGUUGUAAACAUUGUUUUAAAAUGUG